UUGAAACCAUUAAUUUGGAGUAGUGCAAGCUUCUGCACGUGAACUGUUCUUUGCCAGGCGCCGCCCGUGAUGCACGUGGCCCCGAUGCCGGUGCAACAGCAGCAGCAGCCUGCUUCCGGGCACGCGUUCCCUGGCGCGCCGCAGGAACAGUCCCAGCAGCCGAAGCUGCACCGCGUGCGCAUCCUGUCGUCGUCGCCCCCGCGAUACGUGACGCGGCCGCUCUGCUUGGCUGACUCGCCUUACUACGUGCCGGACCUCCACGCGCGCUCGCCGCCGCUGCCGCUGCCCGCGCAAUCCAGCACCUCGCCCACGCCGUCCUGCUCCGCCGCGGGCCAGCGCCCCCUGCAGCUGGCGCCCUCCGCCUCCGCCUCCGCCUCCGGGCUGGGCUUCCAGGAGGCCGUGCCGCUCAUGCUGCCCCUCGCCUCGCAGGUGCUGAGCGCGGGGGCGAGCGGCGGCGGCGGCAGCGGCGGGCGCGGCGGCAAGCCCACGCGGCCGUUCAAGGCGUACCCGCGCGACCCGCUCAGCCUGACGGCCGGCCUGCAGGUGUCCGACGCCCUGCUGCCCGACGCCAACGAGCGCAACGAGCGGUUCAUGGUCUUCAGGCACCACAUCCUGUCGCAGACGGCGGGCGGUGCAGUGCAGCGCAGGGCGAGUGGCGGCAGCGGCGCGGGCGUGAAGAGGCCCGCCAGCCCGGCGCAGCAGCCCAGCUCCUCCGACGCCCAAACCGCAGCAGCAGCAGCAGCAGAAGGACUCGGCCUACUACGAGCGACGGCGCCGCAACAACGAGGCGGCCAAGCGCUCCCGGGACGCGCGCCGCGCCAAGGAGGACGAGGUGGCCAUCCGCGCCGCCUUCCUCGAGCAGGGCUGUCUGCUGGCCCUCAUCCAAUGCCUGAAUUCUGCAGGUAGUCAUUAUGUAUAUGCAAACAAAACUUGAGGCAAGAAUAAGAACAAUACAAGCUAAAAUAUUACAUAUUUUAUCAUAAAAUACAAUUUUAAUUAGUGUAGAAAAUAAUCAGAAACUUGUCAGAGCUCAUUUGUCAAGACCAACCGCAAAAGCACGGGUCUACAGUGUUCAUACUGGAAAUAAGAUAAAAGAACUUGUGCAGUAGAUGCCAUACUUUUGUUUUUUGAGGAAAAGCUUUGGAAUUAGAAGUGAUUAUUUUCACAGGUUUUAUACGGAGAAGGAAGAGUUUUUGUAAAUCCAGACAUGCCUCAGUUUGCGUAUACCUUAUUGCUGUUUUCUAUAUACAUACUGAAGAAAAUAUGUUCAUACAUCAAUUAUGUUAUUUUGUUGUUGUUGUUGCCUUUUUUCUGUGAGACAAUUUCAUGACAUUCUAGAAAUGUGAAAUUAGGGCUCUCAGUACGUUACUUGCCACUAUUAAAUUGUGUUAUCAACUUAAUAACACAUCUUACUGUAUUCAAAACAUAUACUCUGUAUUUUAUUUUCUUUUUGCUUUGUCAUCUUGGCUCAGUGGCAUGAUUUGAGAUCUCCUUGCCUGUUUAAAAAGAUUGAGACUAACAGCACAUCUAUUGCUAUGGGAAUGUAGAUUCAAAGAAAGACUAGAAAGUGUAUCCUAUCUGUAAAAGACAUUGACUGACUUCACAAUUUGAUACUUCUAAAUGUCUCUGCGACUAUGAAGCUUAUUUAAUUAUUUAUUUAUUUAUUCACGCAUUCAUUCAUUCAUUUAACGCAAAGUAACAAAAAAGAAUUACACUUCAUGGAUGAAGGAUGGGAUGAAGAAUUGUGAGAGUUUUCUGGGGCUCCAGAAUCCCCAACUUCAAUGUUUUACUUUAACGUAGGAAUAGUGAGAACUUUGAGAAUGAUUAUUUAAUGGUACUGCUUGUGAAAGCAUACUUAGUUUAGUUUUCAUUAUCUGAAAUACUUCCCGCUAACGUCAAUAUCUGAAGGCAUUCAGACUGUAACACAGUUAUUAAAUAUUUUAAAAACUGAUGGUAGGAAAAAAUUGCACUGAAAAAUGAGGACAUUUGAAUCUGCACUUCAUCAGACUUUUAAAGUACCUUUUUUUAUAUACAUUGUACAUAUUGUCAAUAUUUUGCAUUCUUCUUUCACUCUUUUUCAUUCUUCAUUUUACGACUGAGCUAAGUUUUUAAAGGCAAGUUCAAAUAUCCAUGUAUUUCUGUAUUUGUUAUAUUUUGAAGAGGGGAAAAAAAAGAAAAAGGAAAAAAAAAAAAAAAGAACUUUCAUCAGUUGCAAAAUAUUUAUCUAGUGAUCGGCAACUUUUGUUCAGUUCAUGGUCAUCUUGUCACCACCUCAUGAAUAGAUCAUUUCCAAACUUCGACAGGAACUUGAUUUAUUUGGAUUUGUGGCAAUGACAUUGCAUUUAGUCUUGUUAAAAGAUUAGAAAGGAAAGUUCAGAAGUGUGCUAAUAAUAAGUAAUUGAUGAUACGCACACCUGUGAUGUACUCCUUUACAUAAAUGAUGCAUUUGUAAAUUUGUGAGAUAUAUAUUACAUUACUGGGUAUUGUCACUGAAAACUUGUAGCAAAAUGUAUCUAGUCAACAAGUUGUCCAUGACAAGACUGAUUUUCUGAAUAAUUUUUAGCAUAUACUAAUCAUAGCAAAUAAAGGGAUUUAUUUAAGAUUUCCCCAUUUCUUUAUGAAUUAAAGAUGUAUUUCUGAAUAGAAUUUUAAGGUUAUCUGCUCAAAUAAUUCUAUAUUGUGGAAAGUAUCAUAAACGUCAAAUGUGAAAUGUGUAUAAGAGUCGUCAAGACAAGGUAUAUAUUAAUUAAAGUGAAUAUGUCCUCUAUAUGUAUAUCGCAAGGGGUAAAAAUUGAAUAUACAAAAAUUUAAAAUCUUGAUUCUCACAAGAUAAUACAUUCAUUUUGUGAUAUUGUAAAUACAUAACAAUAUAUUCUGAAAAGAUAUUUUCAUAUUUGUGUACAUGUGCUAUAAACUGAUUUUAUAAUAAUGUUAACUAAACAUUGUAUAAAACAUUGUUGUUGUUUUAAUAAAAGUACUAUCAGAAA